CCCUCCCUUCUCUCACUUUUCUCCUCCAGCUGUUCGCUUUCUCCUCCUGCCUUCUGCUCCUAUUUUGUCUUUUGACCUUGUAACCUCCUCCCCCCCCAAUCGGUUUACCUGCCUCCUCCCCCGACGUGCUGCCUCUCCCCGGUGCUUCUCUCUGCCUCUACCUUCCCUCUCUAUUUCCAUCUUUGAGCUUUAUCCCUUCAUCCCUUAUCUCCUUCAUCCCCUGCAAUCCUCAUCUGUUCUUCGCUGAAGGAGGAAGGGGGAGAGAAAGAGAGUUUCUCACAAGUGAGCCGUCGUUUAUUCUGCCGGGGGAGAGCGUCGGAGGAGCCUGCGAGCAGGUAGUGCACCCUGGCACAUUUGGAACCCCAGCAGAGCCGCUUCUUCUUCGGUGAAGAAGGAGAGAAGUGACCACGUCGCGUGGCAGAAGAUUGAAAUUUUAUUUUGUCCAUCAGUUAACGGUCCUAAAAGACUGUUACCAUGGCAGCUGAGAAAGCUGAGAUUGACGCUCUGAAAAAGGAGUGCGAUGGCCUCCGUGCACAGAUUGAGGCGGCCCGCAAGGCUGUGAACGACGGCAGCAUGACAGCAGCAGCAGGAGGGGCGUCCGAGGUGGGCCGAGUCCAGCUGAAGCUGAGGAAGACACUCAAGGGACACUUGGCUAAAAUCUAUUCCUUGCACUGGGCUGCUGACUCCAGGUCAAUGGUCAGUGCUUCACAGGAUGGCAAGCUUCUGGUCUGGGACACAUUCACAGGGAACAAGCUGGUUGCCGUCCCCCUAAAGUCGGCCUGGGUGAUGAGCGUCGCUUUAGCCCCCUCCGGCAACCUGGUGGCCAGCGGCGGUCUGGACAACAUGUGCACCGUCUGCAACAUCAAGUCCGCCAGCCCCAAGACCCUCAGGGAGCUGGACGCGCACACAGGUUACCUGUCCUGCUGCCGUUUCCUUAGCGACACUGAGAUCCUGACAGCCUCUGGUGACACCACCUGCUGUCUGUGGGACCUGGAGACCGGCAAGCAGAAGAUCAUCUUCACCAACCACAUCGGAGACUGCAUGUCGCUGGCCCUCUCCUCCGACAUGAACACCUUCAUCUCCGGAGCCUGCGACUCCCUGGCCAAGCUGUGGGACCUGAGGGAAGGGACCUGCAAGCAGACCUUCUCCGGACACACCAGCGACAUCAACGCCAUCUCCUACUUCCCCGAUGGGAACUGCAUCGUCACCGGCUCCGACGACUGCAGCUGCAAGAUGUACGACCUGCGCUCCGACCAGGAGCUGAUGAGCUACCAGGACGCCAGCCUGAACGCCGGCGUCACGUCCCUGGCGCUCUCCAGCUCGGGCCGCCUCAUCUUCGCCGGCUACGACGACUUCAACUGCCACAUCUGGGACUCGCUGAAGGGAGAGAAAGUUGGUGUGCUCUCCGGCCACGACAACAGGGUGAGCUGCACCGGCGUCCCCGCGGACGGGAUGGGCGUCUGCACGGGAUCCUGGGACAGCUUCCUCAAACUCUGGAACUGAGGCCCCCCACCCGGGCCGGGGGCGGGCGGGUCGGAGGAGGAGGAGGAGGGAAAAGGACGGAGAGGUUCGGGACCACUAGGCGGGCGCAGGCGUUGGUGCGGAUCUCCCUCUCCUUCUCUCUCCCUCUCUGCUGCCUCCUCGGGCCGUGCGUGCGAACUGCGAGAGGCGUCGCGUGGGUCACGUGGUGUGAAUGGCGUCGGGGGGGGGGGGGGGGGGGGGGGGCGAUGCGUCCCGCUGAGAGACAGAGAGUUUUAUUGUUGUCAGGAUGAUUUAAACACUGAAGAGUAGCGCGUUAUUCAGACCGAGCACGAAAUAAGCUCCUAUUGAGUGUCAAUUAAACACGUGUAGAUGUUUGACCAUUAACAAAAAGGAAAGAACAGUUGAAUAUUGAAGAUAAGACUAGAAUUACAAAUUGAUUUUAUUGUCUUCGACCAGUAAAGCCCUGCACUUAUUUAGACGACAGAUCGAUAUGAACAUUUAUUUAAUAGAUUAACACGUUAGAAAGGAGGGACGAUGUACAGUGUAUUUUUCUUUUGUUUUUCUGAGCGAGCUGCACCUACACACACUGUUCUUGUGAGGUAGAGCCGCCAUCUUGGCUCUACCUGGAAACAACCGGCAGACACCCCCCCCCACCCCCCCCCCAAACCCCCCCCUCCCCACCACCCGUCUCAACGUGACAUAAACGACGCCGUACCAAGGCGGACGAGAGGUGGACGGACCUGAUACAAACCUUUAAUCUUCAUUUUACUCCCCUGGGUUCAGCUGCAGUUCCUCUGUAAAAAAAACUAAUGUUUGUUAAAAACCUUUCUAAUAAACAUAGAAUUCUGCAUUAUUACUGCGUCCCGGUCGU